CCUCGCUGCCGCCGGAGGAGGCUGCCCACCCCAGCGGCCCAGGAUGCAGUUUCGCCUCUUCUCCUUUGCCUUGAUCAUCCUGAACUGCAUGGAUUACGGCCACUGCCAGCCCGGCCGCUGGAGACGCAGCAAAAGAGCUAACUAUGGACCAAAUCCAAUUUGCAAAGGUUGCUUAUCUUGUUCAAAGGAUAAUGGGUGCAUCAGAUGCCAGCACAAGUUAUUCUUCUUCCUGCGAAGAGAAGGGAUGAGGCAGUACGGUGAGUGCCUGCACUCCUGCCCGUCGGGCUACUACGGACUGAGAACGCCCGACAUGAACAGAUGCUCAAGAUGCAGAAUAGAAAACUGUGACUCCUGCUUUAGCAGAGACUUUUGUACCAAAUGCAAAACUGGCUUUUACUCGCACAGAGGCCGCUGCUUUCGAGGGUGUCCCGCUGGGUUUGCAGCCUUGGAAGAGCUUAUGGAAUGUGUGGAAGGCUGUGAAGUGGGUCAAUGGAGUGAGUGGGGAACUUGCAGCAGAAAUAACAAAACAUGUGGAUUUAAGUGGGGCCUGGAAACAAGAACAAGACAAAUAGUGAAGAAGCCAGCAAAAGACACAAUACCAUGUCCAACCAUUGCAGAAUCCAGACGGUGUAAAAUGGCCAUGAGGCAUUGUCCAGGAGGGAGAAGGCCAGCAAAAACGAAGGACAAAAAAAAGAAGAAAAAAAAUUUGAUGGAAAGGGCUCAGAAGCAGCACAGCAUCUUUUUAGCAACAGAUAAAACAAGCCAGUAAAGACUUGAUUUUCCUUAAUGUAUUUUUUUUGCAAAGUGCACAAAAGCUGCUAUAUGCUCCUGCCCAUGGAUGCACUACAAUUCAGCUGCUUUGACAGUAUUGGUGGCAAAUAACUUGUGAAAAUAAAACCCACAAGCUUGUUUGUUUUAUUUAUAUAUUUUUUAUUUUAUAUUUUCCUCUCAUUUUUGACCUGAAAACUUCAAGGUCAGGAGUGCACUGAGUUGGAUCAGUGGAAGUGGUCCUGAAGUGCAUCAGCGACAUUGCUCUGAAUGCCUGCUCAACAUGUUGGCAAGGAAAGAAACCUACACAGCACCAGUAGGUGGACUUGUGCAUAUUUAAAUAAACAGGGGGGAAAGGAAGUCUUGGACGUGUAGGUACAAUUAGAUUUAUGGCCUUUGUUUCCUGAAUUUGUACAUUUCAAGAGUAAAUGGAUAUGAAUUACCUCCUGAGUGGUAAUCUACAUUGUUCUCACACCUGCUACAGUGACACAGUUGUGUAAUAAAACUGCUUUGAGACAACGUGCUGCAGGAUUCAGUGCUCAGACUCACCCAAGCACAACAGACUGUGUGUACAUAUUACUCUGUCUACAUAUAAAUGAACAUAUUUACUGUACAUCUAUGCAUUUUUAUGUAUAAUACUUUAUACAUGUUUAAAGGUAUGUUCUGUUGGUUCUAGUAAUGUACUUUAAAUAAUCCAGUAAAUGUUUACUUUUUGCUGUGUUUUAACUAUCUUCUCAUGUUCCUCAAUAGUUACAAACUGGAUUUUUUUUUCUCAUUUGCAAGGCACACUCAUUUGCAGAACUACCUUGCACUGACCCUCACCAUGGAGUGUCAGCUCUGAAGUUUAAUUGCCAGACUAGUAAUCCACAAAUUCUUUCUGCAAUUCAGUACUUCUGUUUCAGGCCCCAUGUAUUUUGUCUCAGAAAAAGAAGUUGAAUGGUUUUUAAGAUGAGGCUUGAUGAUGAUAGAAAUUUUGAAUGUCAGGAGAGAAAUUACUUGUAAAGUUCUUGGUAUCUAAGACUGUAUGUGUAGUUUGGGAUAUUUUUACUUGCUUUUUUUUUUUUUUUUCCCUCCCAAUGUAAUGCAGUGUUUAAUUUCAGUUAGUCCUAAUGCAGUCAGAGAGAAACAAAAUAAAGGUCAUGUAAUGAAGGUCAACCAUUCAAAAGCAUAGAAAACACCAAUUCCCCAGUAUUGCUGAUUAUUUGUAGAAGCUUAACAAAUUUAUUCUGCAGCUGUUGUUUGCUUUGGGACAUUUUUUGGGGGGAGAGGUAGAGACAAUGUUCUGUGUAGGCCAUUAAAAUGGCACAGGAUAUGUAAUUUGGUAAUCUAGCCUUAUUGGGCUAGCAUUCAAGGUGAUUUUUGGAUACCUGACAGGUAUGCCUGUCACUUAAGGGAAAUUAUUUCACUUUUAGACCUAAAACUUUCAUACGACCUACACCAAAAAAUGAAGCAGCAAAACAGACCCCAGAUCUCCACAAACCUCUUUUUGACAUAUACUUUAGAAAACUCCCACAAAUUCCAGUUUUAGUUUUAUGGGUUAUAUGCUUUUCAAAUAAACUAGGGAAAUAAAGCAUCUGUAAGCACAAAUAUAUCUGCAUUUAGUUAUGACAAGUGUUACUACCAAAAUGUACAUAUGUUAGACACACAUGAAUGUUCCAGCAAACUGCUUGUGAACUUCCACUCAGCCAUGAGGUUUUCACUGUAUGUUUAUAUUUACCUAGAACAUAAUAAAGUUACAGACAGUAAGAUUGCUGUAAUCCUGGGAUGCUAUUUUGGACAUAAAAUGCUCACUUCAAACAAAAAAAGAAAGAAAAUGAGAACUGUAGCUGUCUGUUUGCUUACUGGUUAUCAAAUUAGGCUGUAAGUUCAGUUAAUGCCCUCAUACAAGCCUUUCAGUAGUGGUUACAAGUAUUGUAUUAGGCAUGUCAUGGAAAGAAUGCUACAAAAUACAAUAAAAUGGUGUCACAAGCUCCUGAGUAAAAUAUUUUUGGUCCUUUUAAAUUCAAAUAGCAUAUUCUUUUGGAAUUUCAUACAUGUAGAAAAAUUGCAGAAGAUGGGGAGAUGCAGAUUUUCUUCCACUGGAGUAAAAAAUGUGAGGGUUUUCCAUACAACUGUUUUGUUUGAAAAAACUCUGAGCAUUAGCUGUACAUUGAUUUCUCCUGUCCCAGUCACCUUCACACCAAGAGUUUUUUUGGGAGUGUGGAGUGAAAAAAAUUAUCCCUAAGCAGCCCUCUGUAGCUCCUCCUUUGUCUGGGCAUCCUGCCUUUGCAUGGUGGACCCUGUCAGUGUGUUCAUAGCCCUGGGUUUUGUAGGAUCACACUUUGGAGGUUGGAAAGGACAUUAGGAAAAGGCUUUGCACUAAGAAGGUGUUUGGUCACAGGCUCCUCAGGGAAGUGGUCAUGGCACCAAGCCUGUCAGAGUUCAAGGAGUGUCUGGACAGUGCUCUUAGUAGUAUGGUUUUGUUUCAGGUACUCCUGUGAGGAGCAGGGAUUGGACUCAGUGAUCCAUAUGGGUCUUUUCCAUCUUGAGAUAUUCUAUGAUUUGAUGAAUCUAUGACCUUGACAGAUCAGCUAGUUGAAAUAUUUGCUUGAAACGGGGCUACCUUGAAGUUAUCCUCAGAUUCUGUUUCUUGAUAAAGUGAAGAUCAGGUUUCCAAAGCUGAGUAGCAUAAAAGCAGCCUGUGCCCACUGUGGCUCUUAUUUCCUUUAAAUUUGAUCAGAAGUGGACUUACAAAGAUCGUAGUUCUUUUCUGGUAAGCAACUGACCAGGUACAAAUGCCACCUUUUCCCCCCUUUCAUAGCUGUUACUGCUGUUUGAAUCUGUUUCUCUCAAAUAGCAGAAGGUUUCAGAGCAAUGUAACUUUUGUGUUCACAAGGCUUUUAUGCCCUGGUUUGACGAUAAACUAUUGCAAAUUUAUUUUAAACUACAAAAGAUUCAAAUUAGGAGGACAAAGAACUUUAUAUGCUGUAGUCAUUGGUUUUAAAAUGUUGUUACAUUGCUAUGAUGAGUAGAAAGUGCUUUUUCAAAACCAUACAUUAUUUUGUAUCUUAUUCACAUGUCCCAGAAAAGACAAUUGCAUAGUGCACUGUGUACUUAGGAUCUCUCUAUUCUCAGUUUGCCUUAGCUUAUCCUGGCCUCCUAAUAUCUGUUUCUAAAUUAAAACAAAACCAAAGAAAACAAAAUAGAAAAAACAUACUCCAGGUGUAUCUUUAAAGCAAUUAUUUUUUGGUUGACUCGUCUUUAUAGCAUUUCAGCUACUCUUGUUAGUGAGAAAUUAUUGUUAUAUGUCUCUUUGUUUAUUCCUGGGGGGAAAAAAACAAUGUUGCAUUCCACACUAUGCUAAUGCAAACCUUCCAUAUAACAAAUGUCAGUAUAAGGAAAUUGUUCUCUGACACCUGUAUGCUCAAUAUGAAGAUGUCAGCAAAAGAAUAGUGAAUAGUUAUAGAGCUUACAUGAUGUGUCUUCAUUUAUCAGUGGGAAUUACAGAAAACUGCAGAGCAGAAAAAAACCGUAGAUUUUCAUCCAUGUUAGCUAAAAACAAACCAAAGAUCAAUUAAGUGCCAUGUCAACUUUUUUAAACAAAUAUAUUGCUAAAAUCCUGAUUGAAGCCUCAUAAAAUGAGAAGACAGAUCUUUUCCAGACAGAUUAAAAUCAAAUUCAGGGCUUCAGCUUUUUUAUGCUGAUGAAACAGAAUAUAGAAUAAAAAUAUCCAGAUAUUUCUGGCACGAGUUUCAUGCUUUUUUAAGUGGGUGAUGCUGCUGAAGGCUGAUGCUACCACUUACCAGAGGGUAUGAGAGUUUUGAGUUCAAACUCUCUCUCUUCACCAACAAAAUGUAUUUGUCUUUGGACACCAGUCCACUUUCACGUCCAGUGGUGUAAGCCAGCAUGAAUUCCAGUAAGCUCUAGACUGAAGUUAUUUUGGACUGACACCAAGAAGAACAAAAUGUACCCUUCUGAAAGUGUAACCCAGAAACCACUGUCAGCUUUUUGUUUAGUUCUUUACCGAAAGCCCUGUGCUGAACCUGGCAUCGUUUCUUUUGAAACUAUGAGAAGCCUCAGCCUCAGGACUGAGGAAAGGACAUUAACUUGAGGAAGUAUUACAGCAGCCUGAUCUGCAGGACAUCUGGGAGAAGAGCAGACCCGUAUUUGAAGUGCAGUUCCUCUCAGAAGAGAAAAACUUUAAGAGAAGUGUGACUAGAGAGAGCAUCCGAAGUGAGCCCAGCCUUUAGUCCAUUGCCAAACUCUUCCAGACUUCAACUGAUUUUUUAAAAUGCAAACUAGUUCUGUUUAUGUCUAAUAAACAUAUGUGUUCAACCCUG